AUGGACCCUGGAAAUAAUUCCACAGUAACUGAGUUCUUCCUCGCUGGGCUAACAGAGAAGACCGGAUUCCAGCUGCCCCUUUUCUUCUUCUUCCUAGGAGUCUAUGUGGUCACGGUGGUGGGGAACCUGGCCAUGAUCACACUGAUAGGGCUCAGUGCUCACCUGCACACCCCCAUGUACUAUUUCCUCAGCAAUUUGUCCUUCAUUGAUCUCUGCCAUUCCACUGUCAUUACCCCCAAAAUGCUGGCGAACUUUGUGACUGAGAAGAACAUAAUUUCCUACUCAGCAUGCAUGACUCAGCUCUAUUUCUUCCUUGUUUUUGCUAUCUCAGAGUGUCACAUUACUGUAAUGGCUUAUGACCGCUAUGCUGCCAUCUGCAACCCCUUGCUUUACAAUGUCGUCAUGUCUUCACACAUCUGCUUCCGGCUCACAGUGGGAGUUUAUAUUUUGGGCAUCGUUGGAUCUACAAUCCAUACGCUGUUUAUGAUGAGGCUCCUUUUCUGCCAGAGCAAUGUGAUUAACCAUUAUUUCUGUGAUCUCUUUCCACUCCUGGAGAUAUCCUGUUCCAGCAUCUUCAUCAAUGAAUUAUUGGUCCUAGUCUUGAGUGCAUUUAACAUUCUGACUCCUGCCUUCACCAUCCUUGCCUCCUACAUCUUCAUCAUGGCCAGCAUCCUCCGCAUCCGCUCCACCGAGGGCAGGUGCAAAGCCUUCAGGACCUGUAGCUCCCACAUCUCCGCUGCUGCCGUUUUCUUUGGAUCCGCUGCGUUCAUGUACCUGCAGCCAUCAUCUGUGAGCUCCCUGGACCAAGGGAGAGUGUCCUCUGUGUUUUAUACCACCAUUGUGCCCAUGCUGAACCCCCUGAUCUAUAGUCUGCAGAAUAAGGAUGUCAAAUUUGCCCUGAAGAAAAUUCUGGGCAGUAGAAAAUGUUCAUGA